AUGACCAGGCCGCAAAGGACCGUGGACAAGCUAAAGAAUUCUCACUCGAAAGGGCACAAAGGUAUCUACCUCAUCAACCAAGUUGGAUUCAGUGGCUCUUUAGAAGAGUCAAAGAGGGACGUGACCUAUAGAAAUGAUCCUACUAUUGAAGGUGUUAGUCAAUCGGCAAACCAAACAUUGAAAGCUAUAGGGGCUUCACUUACUGAAGUACGUCGACGAAGAAAAGAAAGAGAAGAGGAGAAGAAGAGGAAGGGCAGCUGGCUUCGAAUUUAUAGUGAAAUUUUUUUUUUUCACUUUGGUAUCUGCACACGACUAUCAAAACAGACUCGAAAGAGACUGCUGCAGGUUUUUUCAAGCUUGAAAAGAGCGAAAUGCUAA